ACUUUUUGGUAUUGCUGAAAUUACGCAAAGAUGAAAUAUUCGCUGACGCAACGUAUGAUUUAAACAUGAGAAGGAAUGUAAAAACUAAAAAACCUGCACAACUUCCAAACGAAGGCGAUGUCCAACUAAUUCGAGAUUAUGUGAUUGAAAGGAUACGCCACUUAUCAUCAGAUCCAUUUAUCAUCAUGGACAGACAUACGUUUGUUGAACUACGUGAUUGUGCUUGCACUCGUCUUGUGCUGUAUAAUGGCCGAAGAGGUGGAGAACCAUCGCGUCUAACCGUUACGCAGUGGAUUGAAGCUGAAAAGGAUGAAUGGUUAGACAAACAGCGGAUACAGGAUAUUGCAAAAGAAACUAACUUAAGCAGUGGGACAAAGAUCACAUUUCAAUCGGGAAAAGGAGUCAACCAUUUAGUUCCUGUUUUUAUUCCUAAAGAUACUGUUGCUGCAAUGAAGUUGUUGGCUAACGAGCAAGUAAGGAAAGAUGCUGGUGUCCUUGAAGAAAACUCAUACAUAUUUCCCAGUACCCAAGGUUCUGAUAAUCAUUGCUCUGGAUGGCAUAGCUUAGAUAAUGUUUGUGCAAAACUUCCAAUUGCCAACAGAGAAAGAAUUAGUGGUACAAGUAACCGACAUCGCCUUAGUACCUUAAUUGCUGGUUUAGGUCUAUCAGAGUCCGAUAUGAGUUUGGCCUAUGAUCAUUUUGGGCACAGUGAGAGAAUUAACAAAACGAUAUACCAAGCACCAGCUGCUCAUCGACAACUAUUGUCAACUGGGAAACAUCUAUCUGUCCUUGAUAAUGCGCAAAGUAUAAAGAAUGACAAUAACUUCGAGAAAAAGGGUCCUAACUUAGUUGAAGAAAAUGAAAAAAAAUUUAGAGAUGAAAAUGCUGAAAAAGACACAAGUAAAGCGAACACUGUAAAAUUACCGAAUAAAAAGAAAAUGAAGAAAAGUGUACAAGUGGGAGAAAAAAGACAAACUCAUCGAAACGAUACAUUUAAAAAAGAGAAAACUUGCGCACCCACGAGAAAGUAUGCACUUAGAAAAGAAAAGAACGUUUCUCAAAAAACAUCUGAAGAAUCCAAACAUUUUACAAAUGUGAACGAUGAUGAACCUUCUGAAUGGUCUGAAUCAAGUGAAGAUAGCGAACUCGAGAAUUCUGUAAAAUGCACUGGUCAACAAGAAAGAAAAUACAUUCAAUGGUCGUCAGAGCAAGAGGAUAAACUAUACAAAAAAUUUGCAAGACAUAUAAAAAAUAAAAAAAAUGGAUGGCCUUGCUCUGAUGAUCUGAAAAAAUUCGCCAACGAGGAAGGAAUUACUGUUGGAACUGUUCGAAAUAAAAUUAACAAUGAAAGAGGAAAAAUAGCACGACAAGCGGAAGCGAAAAAAAAGAAAAUGAACAUUGUUUAAUUGUGAUAGAGCUUUGGUUUCUUUUAUUUUUAUUAUUUUUACGUUACCAUAAAAGUACAUGUUUAUAAUUAUUUAUUAUGUUUACAAAAGUACAUUUAUAAAAACAUGUACACUAUACAUGUUUUUAUAAAUAAUGUGACAGCUUUUAUCAUCAUCAAAUUUUCUUGAGUAUACUCUAAAAAAUUCAAGUCUAAACAACACAUCACUCCGUCACCCCUUAGACGGGGAGAAAGGCAAGAAAAAGUGUUAAAGUCACGAGGAUAAUUUCUAUACAGGUUUCAAUCAUGUUUUAACAAUCAAAAUGUAUGAUCAACGAUAAUUUAAUUCAACUCUCCCCCCUCUCCCAUGAAAAAUAUUUUGAACUGUGUGGUUUUCAUAACUGUAUGUGAUAAGAAAACUGGCUCUCAUAAGUGAAGUAUAUCUUUUAAGGGGAUUAAUUUUCGCGGGUAUUAAGUUUCGCGGUUUUUUCGGAGUUUUUCCAAAAACGCGAAAAUACGUCGCCGCGAAAAGUUUAAAUAUCCCUGAUCUGGGAAAUUUCCAAAUCGGCCUGAUACAAAAGACAAUGAUGUAUAACUUUCUCUGGGACAUUUUCCUUUCUCUUCUGUAUGUUGUUUCGAAAUAACUCACCGGAAUAGUUGUUUUUCCAAAUUUGCAUAAUUCGCAAAAAUAAGUUACCGCGAAAUUUUCUUCAACACUAAAUUUGUGAAAAUAAAUUCCCUUUUUUCCCGCCAAAUUCUAGUAAAAAAAAAUUCUGCGAAAAUAAGUCCCCGCGAAAAUUAAUUCCCUGAAGGUAUCUUGUUUACACAGUUAUUUCUCGUUUAUUCGUGAUAUAGUUCGUACAAGGUGAUACAUUUAGGAAGGUUUAAGGCGUUAAACAGAUUAUCAUUUAGCGUACGUUUCUUGAUUUCUCAGUCCUUCCUUACGCAGCCCCAUUAUAUAACUAGUGUCAAAUGAGAAAAAGGAAAAGGAAGUUAAUUUCUGUGGAAUUAGUAAGAUAUAACUGCUUGGUUAUCCAGGUUCGUUUAUUUAAAUUCGAAGAAGCAGCAAAUGAUUAAUCGUUUUUUGUUUUUUUGUUUGCAUAUAAAAAUGUAUGAAAAUACUGAAUUUUAUGUGUUUACCCUUUUUUUUCAUUUUUACCCUUGUUCUGUUGUUUUUAAUAACGCAUAUUAUAGAUUUAGGUGUUCUUCUUUCUUUUUUGAUUUUUGUUAUGUUCAAAGGAGUCUAUUACUACGCAUGUCAUGUGUUUGGAAGUUUCAGGAAUACACUUUUAUUUUGA